AACCAAAACCAAAAGCCGCAAGAAGAAUGAAAAACAGACUUCUCUUCUAGAGCUCUGUCUCUCUGCCAAGGUCAUCAGAUUUCUGCUACAGAUUCUUCCAUAAGCUUUCAAUCUCUCGUCGAUUUUCUCCCCCGAUUACGAUUCUUAACUGAUCGUCGACUCAUCUUCUGCCGAUCGAUCGACCGACAUCAUCUCACCCGUAUAUUUCCGAUCUCCGUCAAACCCUACCCUACCCUACUGCGGAACCCUUUAGCUUUCUUGUUCUGAAAUUUCUUCUCGCCAGCCAUCCUUGGAGGCUAAUCUCAAAACCCUAGUUGCUCUUCUUCCCGGAAAUCAACCACAAGAGACUUCCUUUCGGAUUUCGAUACACUAUUUUUAUUUUUUCAAUUUAUUGAAUUUCUUCACAUACUUUCAGAUGCUAGUAGGGUUUUUAUCCCGGAAUUGUCGAACUGUUCUUCCACAGUGAUUUGAGAUAUUUCCUGUUCUUGGAGAUUUCAUUCUGUUUGUAUAAGUCAUGGAUGUUCGGUUUCCACAUUCUCCCGCCGAGGUGGCCAAAGUCCGCUGCGUUCAGUUUGGAAUUCUUAGCCCCGAUGAGAUUAGACAAAUGUCAGUGGUGCAGAUCGAGCACGGUGAGACAAUGGAGAGGGGGAAGCCAAAGCCAGCUGGUCUAAGUGAUCCUCGGCUUGGUACAAUUGACAGGAAAAUGAAGUGUGAGACAUGUAUGGCUAACAUGGCUGAGUGUCCUGGCCACUUCGGGCACAUGGAGCUCGCAAAGCCCAUGUUCCAUAUUGGUUUUCUAAAGACUGUGCUUUCUAUUAUGCGAUGUGUCUGCUUCAAUUGCUCAAAGAUACUUGCAGAUGAGGAUGAUCACAAAUUUAAGCAAGCCCAGAAAAUCAGAAAUCCAAAGAACAGGCUUAGAAAGAUUUUGGAUGCUUGCAAGAACAAAACUAAAUGUGAAGGCGGUGAUGAUAUUGAAACUCAAGGACAAGAGUCUGAUGAGCCGGCCAAGAAAAGUCGAGGGGGUUGUGGUACUCAGCAGCCUAAAAUCUCCAUUGAAGGUAUGAAAAUGAUAGCCGAGUACAAGAUUCAGAAAAAGAAAAGCGAUGACCCUGAGCAGUUACCUGAGCCAGUGGAAAGAAAGCAACAACUUACUGCUGAAAGGGUGCUGAAUGUGCUGAAGCGUAUAACUGAUGAAGACUGCAAAUUGCUAGGCCUAAAUCCGGAGUUUGCUCGUCCUGAUUGGAUGAUUUUGCAAGUGCUCCCUAUACCUCCUCCUCCUGUGAGGCCUUCUGUAAUGAUGGAUGCAUCUGCGCGCAGUGAGGAUGACUUAACCCAUCAGUUGGCUAUGAUCAUCAGACAUAAUGAAAAUUUGAGGAAACAGGAGAGAAAUGGGGCUCCUGCACAUAUUAUCUCAGAAUUUGCACAGCUUUUGCAGUUUCAUGUAGCUACAUACUUUGACAAUGAUCUACCUGGUCAGCCAAGGGCUACACAGAGAUCUGGCCGACCCAUUAAGUCAAUAUGCAGUAGGCUUAAGGCUAAGGAAGGUCGUAUUAGAGGUAAUUUGAUGGGGAAGCGCGUUGACUUUUCAGCCCGAACAGUUAUUACUCCAGAUCCAACAAUCAAUAUUGAUCAGCUUGGAGUACCAUGGAGUAUUGCUUUGAAUUUAACAUAUCCAGAAACUGUUACUCCGUACAACAUUGAAAGGUUGAAGGAGCUAGUUGAGUAUGGCCCUCAUCCUCCUCCUGGGAAAACUGGAGCGAAGUACAUAAUCAGAGAAGAUGGUCAGAGGCUCGAUCUAAGAUAUUUGAAGAAAAGUAGUGAUCACCAUCUGGAGCUUGGUUACAAGGUGGAACGGCAUUUAAAUGAUGGGGACUUUGUCCUUUUCAAUAGACAGCCAAGUUUGCAUAAGAUGUCCAUAAUGGGACACCGAAUCAAAAUUAUGCCAUGGUCUACUUUCCGGUUAAACUUGUCAGUUACAUCUCCAUACAAUGCAGAUUUUGAUGGAGAUGAAAUGAAUAUGCAUGUUCCUCAAUCAUUUGAAACCAGAGCAGAAGUUCUAGAGCUGAUGAUGGUACCCAAAUGUAUCGUAUCACCUCAAGCAAAUCGACCCGUUAUGGGUAUUGUUCAGGAUACUCUUUUAGGCUGUCGCAAGAUAACCAAGAGAGACACAUUUAUUGAGAAGGAUGUUUUCAUGAACAUACUGAUGUGGUGGGAGGAUUUUGAUGGAAAGAUACCUGCACCAGCUAUUUUGAAGCCUAGACCUCUUUGGACUGGGAAGCAAGUAUUUAACCUGAUCAUUCCCAAGCAGAUAAAUUUAUUAAGGACAUCGGCUUGGCAUUCAGAAUCAGAAACUGGAAAUAUAACUCCAGGUGACACCCACGUUCGAAUUGAAAGGGGUGAACUUAUUUCAGGCACCCUUUGUAAGAAAACGCUUGGGACGGGCACAGGAAGUCUUAUCCACGUAAUUUGGGAGGAAGUUGGACCUGAUGCUGCUCGCAAGUUCUUGGGGCACACUCAGUGGCUUGUCAACUAUUGGCUUUUGCAAAAUGGUUUCAGCAUGGGAAUUGGAGACACAAUUGCUGAUGCUGCAACUAUGGAAAAGAUUAAUGAAACUAUUUCUAAGGCUAAGAAUGACGUGAAAUUACUGAUUAGCGAGGCCCAAGAUAAGAAACUGGAGCCUGAACCUGGGCGAACUAUGAUGGAUUCUUUUGAGAAUAGAGUGAAUCAGGUGCUAAACAAAGCUCGUGAUGAUGCUGGAAGUAGUGCUCAAAAGAGCUUAGCAGAGAGUAAUAAUCUAAAGGCAAUGGUUACAGCAGGGUCGAAAGGGAGUUUCAUUAACAUAUCACAGAUGACUGCUUGUGUGGGACAACAAAAUGUUGAGGGUAAACGUAUACCUUAUGGUUUCAUAGGUCGGACUCUUCCCCAUUUCACAAAGGAUGAUUACGGGCCUGAAAGUCGUGGGUUUGUGGAGAACUCUUAUUUACGUGGUUUGACCCCACAAGAAUUCUUUUUCCACGCCAUGGGUGGUAGAGAAGGUUUGAUUGAUACAGCAGUCAAAACCUCGGAGACAGGUUACAUUCAAAGGAGGCUAGUAAAAGCUAUGGAAGAUAUCAUGGUUAAAUAUGACGGUACAGUUAGGAACUCAUUGGGGGAUGUUAUUCAGUUUCUAUAUGGAGAGGAUGGUAUGGAUUCUGUGUGGAUUGAAUCGCAGAAGUUGGAUUCCCUUAAAAUGAAAAAAUUCGAGUUUGACAAGACUUUUAGAUUCGAGUUUGACGAUGAGAAGUGGAAGCCAGAUUACUUGUCGCCAGAGCAUGUGGAGGAUAUAAGAAGUAUCAAGGAGCUGAGGGAUGUGUUUGAUGCCGAAGUCCAGAAACUCGAAGCAGAUAGACUUCAGCUAGGAACAGAAAUUACCACAACUGGUGAUAACUCUUGGCCUAUGCCAGUAAAUCUGAAAAGAUUGAUUUGGAAUGCACAAAAAACCUUUAAAGUCGACACUAGAAAAGCUUCUGGUCUCCAUCCAAUGGAGGUCGUGGAAGCUGUUGACAAGCUACAGGAGAGGUUGAAGGUUGUUCACGGCGAUGACUUGUUGAGCAUGGAAGCACAAAAGAAUGCCACCACUUUCUUCAAUAUUCUUCUUCGUAGUACACUUGCUAGCAAGAGGGUUCUGAAGGAGUAUAAGCUUUCCCGAGAGGCAUUUGACUGGGUUGUUGGUGAGAUUGAAUCCCGGUUUUUACAAUCCCUCGUGGCACCGGGGGAAAUGAUUGGUUGUGUCGCUGCUCAAUCCAUAGGUGAACCUGCUACACAGAUGACUCUAAAUACUUUCCAUUAUGCUGGUGUGAGUGCCAAAAAUGUUACUCUUGGUGUUCCUCGACUGAGAGAGAUUAUCAACGUGGCAAAGAAAAUCAAAACUCCUUCUCUUUCUGUUUACCUAAAGCCUGAAGUCAACAAGACGAAAGAGAAUGCCAAGAACAUCCAGUGUGCUUUAGAAUACACCACUCUUCGAAGUGUAACAGAGGCGACUGAGGUGUGGUACGAUCCGGAUCCAAUGAGCACGCUCAUAGAAGAGGAUUCCGAAUUCGUGAAGUCUUAUUACGAAAUGCCCGACGAAGAAAUCGACCCCGACAAAAUUUCGCCAUGGUUGCUUCGUAUAGAGUUGAAUCGGGAGAUGAUGGUUGAUAAAAAGCUGAGCAUGGCCGACAUUGCGGAGAAGAUAAAUCUCGAGUUUGAUGAUGAUCUGACUUGUAUAUUCAACGACGAUAACGCUGAGAAACUGAUCCUUCGAAUCCGUAUCAUGAACGACGACUCUCGGAAAGGGGACGCCCAAGAUGAAUCUGCUGAAGACGACGUCUUCCUUAAAACGAUCGAAAGUAACAUGCUGACGGAGAUGGCACUUCGAGGCAUACCCGAUAUCAACAAGGUUUUCAUUAAGAAUGGUAAAAUUAAUAGGUUCGACGAGGACGAGGGAUUCAAGCCGGAGAUCGAAUGGAUGCUCGACACAGAAGGUGUCAAUCUUUUGGCGGUUAUUUGCAAUGAAAACGUUGAUGCACGACGAACAACCAGCAACCACUUGAUCGAAGUAAUUGAAGUCCUUGGCAUCGAAGCAGUCCGUCGAUCCCUUCUGGAUGAAUUACGUGUUGUCAUAUCAUUUGACGGAUCUUAUGUGAACUACAGACAUCUUGCGAUAUUAUGCGAUACCAUGACCUACCGAGGUCACUUAAUGGCCAUAACUCGUCACGGCAUAAACAGAAACGACACCGGUCCGUUGAUGAGAUGCUCGUUCGAGGAAACUGUGGACAUUCUACUAGAUGCUGCUGUUUAUGCCGAAUCAGACUAUCUGAAGGGCGUUACCGAAAAUAUAAUGCUCGGCCAGCUGGCACCCAUCGGCACAGGCAGUUGCUCUUUGUAUCUGAACGAGCCGAUGCUUCAGCAAGCCAUCGACAUCCAGCUCCCUAGUUACAUGGAUGGUUUGGAUUUUGGCAUGACCCCUGCUCGGUCCCCAGUAACUGGAACUCCUUAUCACGACGGCAUGAUGUCACCUAAUUAUUUGUUAAGCCCUAAUCUCCGUUUAUCACCAAUCAACACGGAUGCCCAGUUUUCUCCUUAUGUUGGCGGAAUGGGAUUCUCUCCAAUGUCUUCUCCCGGGUACAGCCCAUCUUCUCCCGGGUAUAGCCCAUCAUCUCCCGGGUACAGUCCCACAUCUCCUGGGUACAGUCCCACAUCUCCCGGGUACAGCCCAACAUCACCCGGGUACAGCCCCACUUCACCAACUUAUAGCCCAAGCUCUCCAGGGUACAGUCCGACGAGUCCAACAUAUUCACCAACUUCCCCUAGUUAUAGUCCGACAUCCCCUAGCUACAGUCCGACAUCCCCUAGCUACAGUCCUACUUCUCCAAGCUACAGUCCUACAUCACCCAGCUACAGUCCUACAUCUCCAAGUUAUAGCCCGACCUCUCCGGCUUACAGCCCGACCUCCCCUGCAUACAGUCCGACCUCACCGUCUUACAGCCCUACUUCACCUUCUUACAGCCCUACUUCACCUUCUUAUAGUCCGACUUCUCCUUCCUACAGCCCUACAUCUCCGGCUUAUAGCCCGACUUCUCCAGGAUAUAGUCCAACAUCUCCGAGUUAUAGUCCAACUUCACCAAGCUACAGUCCUACAUCGCCGAGUUACAAUCCAUCGUCUGCGAAAUACAGUCCAUCUCUUGCUUAUUCUCCUAGCAGUCCGAUACUUUCACCAUCCAGCCCAUACAACGCAUCAUCUCCAAAUUACAGCCCAACAUCGCCUUCUUAUUCACCAACAUCACCGACAUAUUCUCCUUCCAGCCCGUCAUACAGCCCAAGCAGCCCAUAUGGUUCUGGGGUGAGCCCGGAUUACAGCCCUAGUGCAGCGCAGUACAGUCCGAGUGCUGGUGGGUACUCACCAAGUGCCCCUGGAUAUUCUCCGUCGUCUACAAGCCAGUUCUCACCACAGAUGAGCAAAGACGACAAAAGCAGCAUUAAGAAGAGGCCUUGACCAAAACCAAGAAGCUAUUUUAUAAUAGAGACCUGGCUUGUCUGUUUGGCUAUGCAUUUUUCAUUUCUAGUUGAUCUGGAAAAGUAGUAUAUAGCUAUUGUUAUGUGUUGUGUUGCACUCUCAACUGCAUAAUGCUCUUUCUCUGAUUCAGUAAAUGCUGUUGGAUACAAGCUAAUGAUUUUUUUAACGUUUUGAUCUUAGUUUUAAGGAAUGAUAGAUAUUAUGAACAAUUUAUAUAAUAUAUGAGGCUACUUUCUAGAUUCAGUAUGGAAAUUGAUAUAGCUCACAAGUUUGUACCCAAAAAAGGAUGUUUUGUUUA